CGUGUUUGAAUUUAUUUUUAUUAUCUUGAAAUCCGCUUAACCACUCACCGCCUUUGUGUACUGACUAACAGAUUAUACCGAAGGCUGAACAUGAUACAGACACGGCUCACAUCACAGCUCAACCAUAAUCUAGGCCUGAAUCCCAAGGCAUUUAGAUUAAUCAAACAAGAAAACUCGGUAAAGCUGUCGAACGCGGCUAAAAAUGUGUUGGAUGGUGAGUUGCUGAGCAAGUUCUCUUCGUUGUCGUUAAGUAUGCGAAAGGAGUUGGCCAAACAAAUCGGAAGUGACCACAUACAGAUCCUGCAGAGUUUGCAAGAGGUGGACCAUGCAACAACCGUGCUGUAGCGUAUACUCGUCUUAAAGCAAUAAACUCUCAUCCAAGUACUUUCCCGUAU